AUGAGCGGCGAGGAGUUUCCUCAGGCGAAGCGAGCUAGGCUGGAGGACCCGACAGCGUCCUUGCUGACUCCAGCAACAGAGGAAGAGGAGGAGGGAGGAAUGGCGGGUAACAGAGUCGUGCUGCUGCUCUGCGGGUCGUUCAGUCCCAUCACAAACUUCCACCUCCGCAUGUUGGGUGAGGCUCAAAUCGAGAACGCUAGCCGCGGUCUAGUUGGUGCGCGCGGCUGUGCUGCUGUGUACCUACCUGUGGCCUGUGAGCUGGCCCGCGACUUCUUGCAGCGAACUACGAGGUUGAGAGUGGUCCGCGGAAUCAUCUCCCCAGUCCACGAUGCCUACGGGAAGAAGGGCCUGGUUGACGCACAUCAUCGCCUUGCCAUGUGUCGACUAGCAACUCAAAAUUCUGACUGGGUGAUAGUUGAUCCAUGGGAAACCCAGCAGGAGGGGUGGACUCUCACUGCCAGUGUUCUAAAGCACUUUCAAGAAACUCUCAAUUCAGAUAUGAAGGGUGGUGGAAGGGUUAAACUGCUGUGCGGUGCCGACCUUCUUGAGUCUUUUGCCACACCUGGUCUCUGGGACAGUCAAGAUAUUGAAUCAAUAGUGAAGGACUAUGGGCUGGCGGUGAUCUCCAGGAGUGGGUCAAACCCUGAGAAAUUCAUCUAUGAAUCUGAUCAGCUGUCACAAUUACAGGUUCCCUAG